AUGACGACACCAAGAAAGCUCCAAGUGGGCGUCGCCGGCCUCGGCCGCAUGGGCAAGCGCCACGCCCUCAACUUCCACCAGAACGUCCCGCGCGCGUCCCUCGCCGCCGUCAGCUCCCCGGACGCCGCCGAGCGCCAAUGGGCCGCUGAGAACCUCGCCCCCCACGGCGUCGCCGUCUACGCGUCCUACGACGACAUGCUCGCCCACGACGGGCUCGAGGCCGUCUGCGUCGCCUCCGCGACGUCGGUCCACGCCGAGCAGGCCAUCAAGGCUAUCGGGAAGGGGAAACAUGUUCUUUGCGAGAAGCCGCUGGGCACGACGGUCGAAAUCUCACAAACCGUUGUCGACGCUGCCUCUAAACGCCCCGACCUAAAGGUUAUGUGCGGCUUCUCCCGCCGCUUCGACGCCUCCUACCGUGACGCCCACGCCAAGAUGCAGCAGGGCCUCAUCGGACGCCCCGCCGUCCUGCGCAGCCAGACGUGCGACGUCCUCGACCCCUCGGGCUUCUUCGUCGCCUACGCCCAGUUCUCCGGCGGCAUCUUCGUCGACUGCAGCAUCCACGACAUCGACCUCGCCCUCUGGUUCUUCGACGAGGAGAAGAGCAAGGUCAGGUCCGUCCACGCCGUCGGCAUCACCGCCGUUGAGCCGGACUUGCAGAAGCACAACGACCGCGACAACGCCGUCGGCACCGUCGAGUUCUACGACGGGCGCAUUGCCUAUCUGUAUGCCUCGCGCAUGAUGGCCGCCGGCCAGGAGGACUCGACAGAGAUCAUCGGGACCGAGGGCAAGUUAACCGUCAACAUCCUGCCAGCCGAGAACCACGUGCGCAUCUACCAGCCGGGGGGCAUCCGCCAGGAGCUGCCGCAGACGUAUUGGGACCGCUUCAAGGCCGCCUUCACGACAGAGGCGAUCGAGUUCACAGAGAGCGUCUUGGAGGACAAGCCCGUGCCCAUCAAGUUGACAUCGGCCGUCUCGGCCGUCAAGAUCGGCGCCGCCCUCCAAGAGUCCAUGGUUAGCGGCUCCAAGAUUUGGUUUGACAAGGACGGAAACCGGACAGAAAGGGCUCAGCUGUAG